AUGCGCCUAACCAAGGGGGCUCCCAUGAGAACAGAAGUCUACGGUGACCCCACAGUCCACCCCCAGCCCGAGAGCUAUUGGGGCAAUGUGAACUCAUUCGGCCCACGAGCCUGCUACGACGAAGGGAAACGUGUCGCCGAAGCCCUCUGUUACGCCUACCGAGAGCAACACAACGUCGAUAUUCGCAUCGCGCGGAUAUUUAACACGUACGGCCCGCGUAUGAGGGCGAGCGACGGCCGCGUCGUUGCAAGCUUCAUCACAUCUGCAUUGGCCGGCGAAGAUCUAACUCUUACCGGCGACGGCACGGCAACCCGCUCGUUUCAAUAUGUUACCGACUGUACGCAUGGCCUGUAUUCUCUGAUGCAAAGCGAUUAUAGCAAAGGCCCAGUGAAUAUCGGUAAUGAUGGGGAAGUCACUAUUCAGGAACUAGCUGAAAGCGUCAUCGGGCUUGUUUCACGGAUGACUGGCCGGCCACCCGUCUCUGUUGCGUAUCUGCCAGCAUUGGUAGAUGAUCCCACAGUCCGUCGGCCGGAUAUCACGUUGGCAAAAGAAGUGUUACGAUGGGCACCGGUUGUGCAGAUGGAAGAGGGAUUGCGGAGAACAAUUGAGUGGCAUAUCAAUGAGGGGUAG